CAUUACCAUCACCAGCCAAUCUGAUGAGCGCAACCUCGAUGGCAGCAGCCAGUGGAGCUAUGCCCAGUCUGACUACACCACCCGUGAAGAAUCUCAGGUCCAGAAGAAGAUGCAAGGAGUCACCUACGACUCUUACGGCAAAGAAUCGUACGGCGAAGUCCUAGGCAACACUAACAAAGGAUCCUCUUACUGGGUUUCCCCUGAAGGCCAAAAAUUCACUUUGACCUGGGCUGCUGAUGAAGCCGGUUUCCAGCCAAAAGGUGAUCACUUGCCCGUCGCUCCAGUCCAUGAAUACGAGCUCCCAGUUGCCCCUGUCCACAUCCCUUUCAACGGCAAAGGCUAUAAGAUUUAUUAAAUUAUGAAAAUCCUGACUGAAUAAAUUAUUUAAAUCCAUGUA